GCUAUUCGGGAAGUUGAAAUGUCCUACUAAUUUGAAGCAUUGAUGCCAAGUGUAUUUUGGAUAACUGGUGGCCGUCGAACGUGCUUGUGGAGCUCUCUUCAUAUAUUUAUGGGAGUAAUAGCUUCAGGCAUUUCCUACCCUAGGAUGUGGUGUAAUCUACCAAACUUCUGGUUAGAUUUGCCUUCCUAUCUUUGCCUACCGGUUUAUUAAGAAUGUCGUACUGAUAUUUUUAGUGAUAUAUAUUCAAGUCAUGUAGAUAUGAAUACUAGCGUAGAAGAUAUCAUGUAUUACUCAUAUUUACAAUUAUGCUAUAUUUUCUAGUCCAAGCAUUACCUGGCAGUUUGAUGAAUGCAUGCCCAUAUAUUUAAUUCAGAGAGCUACAAUCUAAGCAUCAAGUUAUUAGCCAUAUAUAAGUCUAUCUAAUCUAUCUCCACCUUCCACUCUUAGUUAUUUUCAAUCUACAACAAGUAUCUUGAUGGAAAAAAUCAAUAGCAUGCCUAAUAUAUUCGUUAUGUGGAAAAUCUAUGAUUGUAAUAUUUAGAUGCUUUUUGGAAUAUUAUUGAAAUACAUUAUAAUAUUCAGAUUCUUUAAAGUAUCCUCUAUAGUAUAGGUUACUAGACUAGAAUCAUUUUGACUGUUGUUUUAUGUAUCUGUUAUAAUAUUCAGAUUCUUUAUAUAUUAUCUAUAGUAUCUGAAUAUUUUGUUAAUAUCAUUUGAACUGUUUUUUUUAUGUAUCUGUUAUAAUAUUCAGAUUCUUUAUAUAUUACUUUAUAGUAUUUGAAUAUUUUGUUAAUAUCUUUUGAACUGUUCUUUUUAUGUAUCUCUUAUAAAUUCCAAUUAUAUAGUAGUAAUUCUAUGCUGACUCUCCAACCACAUUCUACAGAACAAAAAAAAUACCUAGCUUCCAUUUCUACUUUCUCUAUCCUCUCCCAUUUCAUUUCCGCAAAAUUUUUAAGGCCCUAAUGGUAAACCUAGCUCUCUCUUUCUGUCCUCUACCACCGUUGCAUCUUCGCCACUCUCUUCCCAGAGAUCUCUCCCUCUCUAUUCUCAACACUCAGUCCUCUUGCCUCCGUACUUUCAAAUGCUCAGCACUCUCCCCUCCCUCACUAGUUGAUCAGUCGGUUAAGUUCAAGGAAGCUGCAAAUAAUGGGAAUUUGAUUCCAUUGUAUAAAUCUAUAUUCUCGGAUCAUCUGACUCCAGUGUCAGCUUAUAGGUGUUUAGUGAAAGAAGAUGAUAGAGAUGCUCCUAGCUUUUUGUUCGAGUGUGUUGAUCCUGGGUCUUCUAGUGUUGGACGGUACAGUGUGAUUGGAGCACAACCAAUGAUGGAAAUUGUUGCAAAAGAAAAUGUGGUGACAAUUAUGGAUCACCGUAAAGGGAAGAGGACAGAGGAGAUUGCGGAAGAUCCCAUGGCUGUUCCUAGGAGGAUUAUGGAGUGUUGGACACCGCAACUUGUUGAUGAGCUUCCUGAAGCUUUUUGUGGUGGCUGGGUUGGUUUUUUCUCAUAUGACACUGUACGCUACGUAGAGAAGAAAAAGCUACCAUUUUUGAAUGCUCCAGAAGAUGACAGAAACCUCCCUGAUGUUCAUCUUGGACUUUAUGAUGAUGUGAUUGUGUUUGAUCACGUGGAAAAGAAGGCCUUUGUAAUACACUGGGUUCAUUUGGGUCAGUUUGCUUCGGUCGAGGAGGCAUAUAAUGAUGGAAUGCACCGUUUGGACACUUUAGUUUCUAGAUUGCAUAGUAUGGUCAUGCCAAGGCUUGCAACAGGCGGCUCAAUUAAAUUAUCUACUAGUCUCUUUGGUCCAUCUUUAAAGAACUCAACUAUGUCAAGUGAUACAUAUAAAGAAGCGGUCUUGCAGGCCAAAGAACAUAUCUUGGCUGGGGAUAUUUUUCAGAUUGUACUUAGCCAGCGAUUUGAAAGGCGAACUUUUGCUGAUCCAUUUGAAGUGUACAGAGCAUUAAGAGUAGUCAAUCCCAGUCCAUAUAUGACUUAUUUACAGGCCAGAGGGUGUAUACUUGUUGCUUCAAGUCCAGAAAUUCUUACUCGAGUCAAGAAGAGAAGAAUCACCAAUCGUCCACUUGCUGGAACUAUUAGAAGAGGAAAAACACCAGAAGAAGACUAUAUGCUGGAGAACCAGCUUCUGCAUGAUGAAAAGCAACUUGCUGAGCACAUUAUGCUUGUUGAUUUGGGAAGGAAUGAUGUUGGAAAGGUAUCAAAAUCUGGUUCUGUAGCUAUUGAAAAGCUCAUGAAUGUUGAGAGAUAUUCCCAUGUUAUGCACAUCAGCUCUACUGUCACAGGAGAGCUUCUUGACGGUUUGACUAAUUGGGAUGUUCUGCGUGCUGCAUUGCCUGUUGGAACAGUUAGUGGAGCCCCAAAGGUGAAAGCCAUGGAAUUGAUUGAUCAGCUGGAAGUCACGAGGCGUGGACCAUACAGUGGUGGUUUUGGAGGCAUAUCAUUUUCUGGUGAUAUGGAUAUUGCCUUGGCUUUGAGGACCAUGGUAUUUCCAACUGGUAUGCGUCGUGACACUAUGUAUUCGUACAAGGAUGCAAAUCAAAGGCGAGAAUGGGUCGCCCACCUUCAAGCUGGUGCAGGAAUAGUGGCUGACAGUGAUCCUGCAGAUGAACAGAGAGAGUGUGAGAACAAAGCUGCAGGCCUUGCUCGUGCCAUUGACCUUGCAGAGUCAUCAUUUGUUGAAAAUUAAAUAAUAUUAGUAAUGUGACCCAUAAAUUCUUUUUCAAGUUUGCAUGAAUUUGAUCAAUGAGCUCAUUUUCUUGUUCAUUGGGUUUCUUUGUACUGGAUGUUUCGCCUUGAGAGGCGUUUGUUGAAAUGAUAAUUACUAGUGGCAUAAGUGUGGAUGUAGUUUCAUCCAACACCCUCAUUAAUUCAUAUUGCAACGAGGGCAA